AUGAGUGAGGGCAAGGACGAGGUCAACCGUGACCAAGAAAUCAUGGCACAAAUGGAUGCCAUCAAGAAGGAGGUGGCAGAGUCCGCGCCGCUUAUGUCUGAUGUGAUGGACACGUCGACACUCCUCGCCGAAUACGGGGAUCCACUCUUCACCACCAAAAUCAAGAGCAUGUUGGAUGCGUUUCCCAAGAUGCGCAAGACUCGCGGUGACGGCAACUGCUUCUAUCGCGCAUACGCGUAUGGCAUCGCAGAACACUUCGCUGCACACAAAGACAAGCUGCCGGGGUUCCUGGAGACGCUGAAGCAGACGUUUGACAUGGCGCUUGCAGCGGGGUAUCCAGAGUUUACCGCAGAAGACUUUUACGAGACGGUGCAGGAACAGUUUGCCCGCCUGAAGGACGAGCCCAUGGAGGCGUUGCAUGCGACAUUCAAUGACGACGGGCUCUCCAACUACAUUGUCGCCUACUUUCGCCUCGUCACAGCCGCUCACAUGAAGACGCACGUGGACGACUUUCUGCCGUUUCUUGAGGGCGGCGAGACGGUGGCGGCGUUUUGUGCGCGGGCCGUGGACCCGUUUGGGGUCGACUGCGAACACCUGCAGAUCAUCGCCCUCACACAGGCACUCGGCGUUGCCGUCAACAUUGCCUACCUCGACAGGUCUGCUGGGGAGACAGCGGCGCAGCACGUCAUCCCGGACGGGCAGGAGCCGCUCGUCUUCCUCCUCUACCGGCCCGGCCACUACGACAUCCUCUACCCGCCCCCAGCCGUGGCACACACGUGA